AUGUCCUCCCCGAACCCGAAAGCUUUCCCUCUCGCCGACGCUGCUUUGACACAGCAAAUUCUAGAUAUUGUCCAGCAGGCAUCUCACUACCGCCAGUUGAAGAAGGGUGCUAACGAAGCCACCAAAACUCUCAAUCGUGGUAUCUCGGAGUUCAUUGUCCUUGCUGCGGACACCUCCCCUCUUGAGAUUCUCCUCCACCUCCCGCUUCUUUGCGAAGACAAGAACGUCCCUUACGUUUUCGUCCCCUCCAAGAUCGCUCUCGGACGCGCAUGCGGUGUUUCCCGCGCUGUCAUCUCAGCCUCUGUUACCUCUAACGAGGCCUCGGAGCUUCAAGGACAGAUUAGAAGUUUGAAGGACAAGAUUGAGAGGCUACUCAUCUAA